AUGCUCUCCACGAAACAAAUCAGCGAGACCCUUUUGUCGAUAUGUAAAGGAGCCGGAAUUGCUCAACAAUCCGCCAAAUUCCACACGAAACUCCCCCUCGCCACACCCGUUGUCAACAUUGGCCUUAACCAAAAGCCCCAUCCGACGAAAUGCUUGGCCACUUAUGUUUGGAUUGAUGGAACCGGGGAACAUCUUCGAAGCAAGACCCGAACCCUCAAAGAAAUUCCGAAAUCGAUUGAACAUUACCCAAUGUGGCAAUAUGAUGGUUCAUCGUGUGGACAGGCACAAGGACGAGACUCUGAUCUCUUCUUGCGCCCAGUUGCCGACUAUCCCGAUCCAUUCUUGGGUGGAAAUUCCCGCCUCGUUUUGUGUGACACGCUUAGCAGCCAGCUCCAGCCUACAGCAACAAAUAAACGCGCUGACUGCUUGAGUGUGAUGAAAGCCAUUGAAAACACUGAGCCAUGGUUUGGAAUGGAGCAAGAAUAUUUGUUGUUGGAUCGCGAUGGUCAUCCCCUUGGUUGGCCAAAGAACGGAUAUCCAGCUCCACAGGGUCCCUAUUAUUGUGGAGUGGGAGCUGACCGUGUGUUCGGACGCGAAGUGAUUGACACUCACUACGUGGCUUGUCUCAAUGCUGGAAUUGAGAUUGGAGGCACAAACGCCGAAGUGACACCCGGUCAAUGGGAAUACCAAGUGGGAACAUGUGAAGGGAUUGCCAUGGCCGAUCAACUGUGGAUGUCUCGCUAUUUGCUCCAUCGAGUUGCCGAGCAAUUCGGUGUGUUGGUCACAUUUGACCCCAAGCCGGCUAUCACAAUGGGUGAUUGGAAUGGAGCCGGAUGUCACACCAAUUUCAGCACCCUUCAGAUGAGAAAUCCCGAAGGAUUGGACGCGAUCAAAGAGGCUUGUGAACGCCUUGGACGAACUCAUCACGAGGACAUCAAGUUGUACGACCCAAACCAAGGACGGGACAAUCUCCGCCGUCUUACUGGAAAGCAUGAGACUAGCUCGGUUGAAAAGUUCUCUUGGGGAAUCGCCGACCGAGGAUGCUCAGUGCGAAUCACUCGAUUUGUGGCUAUCGAAGGACGGGGAUACUUGGAGGAUCGUCGCCCCUCUUCAAACUGUGAUCCCUAUUCGGUGACUGGAGCUAUCGCUAAGUCCAUUUUACUCACACCGGCCGGAGUCGAUGAACCAAUCAAGAAAAGAGCCACCAAA